UCCUCUCAGUCUUCAUAAGGAGCGUAGUUAAGAGGGUAGUGCUUCGACUAGGGAAGGUCAAAAAUUUCGGUGUAAUUGUACAGACACAUCGUCUUCUCACCCUCGAAAGACCCCGCAAAAAAGAGGCGCAGUGUUCACCGACAGAUCCGGUCCGAAAGUGUGUGAAAACUCGGCCUAUUUCGGGUUCCGUGAGUAGUAGGAUGAGGCGGCGGCUAUGAUCCUCACGUGUCCGCAACUUCACCUCCUGCUUGUUUUCGUCUGUUUGGCGAGCGGCUGCGGCCCUGGACGCGGCUCGGGCCGGAGGCGGCCCGGUGCGAAAUUGGUGCCCCUCGUCUUUAAGCAGCACGUGCCUAACGUAUCGGAGAACACCCUCGGGGCGAGCGGCCUCAGGGAGAAAAGGAUUACGAGGAAAGACCCGGCCUUCAAAGAUCUGGUGCCAAACUACAAUGUCGACAUCAUCUUCAAAGACGAGGAAGGAACAGGGGCAGACCGGCUCAUGACACAAAGGUGUAUGGAGAAGCUGAACACCUUGGCCAUUUCUGUCAUGAACCAGUGGCCGGGAGUGAAGUUGCUUGUAACCGAAGGAUGGGACGAGCAGGGUUUCCAUUCCAUCGACUCCCUGCACUACGAAGGGAGAGCAGUGGAUAUAAAGACAUCGGACAAGGACAGAGCGAAGCUCGGCAUGCUGGCUAGGCUGGCUGUCGAAGCCGGGUUCGAUUGGGUCUACUACGAAUCCAAGGCCCAUAUCCACUGUUCUGUCAAAGCAGAAUCUUCACAAGCCGGCAAAACUGGAGGAUGCUUCAGCGGCAACAGCACUGUCAUUCUUUCAGACGGUGGGAGGCGUCGGCUGAGUGAGCUGCAGGUUGGAGAGAGAGUCAUGACUUAUGACCCCGAGACGGGUCGUGCCGCCUAUUCGGAGGUGAUCAUGUUCCUGGACAGAGACCCAGUCUCUGAAAGGAAGUUUGUGAGCCUUAGGCUGUCAACGGGAACCGAGCUGAGGGUGACACCACAGCAUCUUGUUAUGCGGCAGUCGAAGGAAGGGCCAGUAGAGGCGGUUUUCGCGGCGAGGCUCGAGCCCGGGGAUUUACUUUAUACAAGAACCCCGAGUGGAGAAUUCACCACAAGUGUGCUUCUCGAUUCGAGCUAUGUAACAGACCAGGGGGUCAUCGCACCUCUAACUGCUUCAGGGACUAUUCUAGUUGAUGGUGUGCUCGCCUCUUGUUACGCUGUCAUCGAGAGCCAAAAAAUUGCACAUGCCGCUUUUAUGCCUUUCAGGGUGUAUUCGAGUGCGGCUAACACAGUGUCUUCUGUGUACGAGUUGGUCACAAGUCCUGUCGAAAAAUCAUGGAAGUCUCUCAUCGUUCCAGACCACCAAGAGAGCAAGCAAAUAGGGGUGCACUGGUACCCGAAAUUCCUUUACACGUUAUCAAAAUACGUUCUACCCAAAGGACUCACGUAUAAUUGAAAUUGUGAAAUGAACUUUAAAACACAAUGUACAUAAGCGGUGUAUAAAAACAAUAUUAAUUUAUUAUCGUUCUCGUUAUUACGUUCAAGGCGUUUUUUCAAAAAAAUCGCUUAUUUAUUGCCCGCAUCUUUUGUAAAUAGGUUAGACUUUUAAUCCUCUAUAGAUUAUUUUUUUAAAAUAUAAUAUUUUGGCGUUGAUGUACUGUUCUCACUGUUUUCUCGUUUAAAAAAAUUAAGAAGAAUAUAAAUCUUUCGAGAAUGAACAGAAAUAUGAAGUAUAUAAUUAUAUAAAAGUACCAAAAAUCCAGUGAAGGUAGUCUACAUUGUAGGACAUUAAUGAAUUUAUGAAAAAUUGCAAAUAGUAUUGCUUGUUAGUGCAAUAUAGCUAACAGCAAAAGAUGCUCUACCAGAUGCAAUUUUUAAUUUAUAAGUUCUUAGUUAAAGUUUGUCUCUUGUUUUUCAAAAAAACCCUUUACCUUUGAUGACCAUAUGAACAAGGGAUUGUGAUCAAAACCUUUAAAAGUUUUACUAAUCACCGAUUUUUUUAAUUUUUAAUCACAAGAAAUUUUUUAGUUGUUACUGGGUCUUCAGCCCAAAAUCAAAAUUAGUUUGUUACCCACUUGUCCAUUUAUUUUUUAUUCAAAUGUGUCUUAUGUAUAUUAACUUAUUUAUGAAUCAAAUGUGUAUUUUUUAUUAUUGUACAUAAAAAUGUAAAUUAAGGGACGAAGAACAGCUUUGGCAAAAAGAGUCCAUCUGAUUUUUUAUCCGUUUUGUACCUUUGUCUCCAAUGUAUAAAGUAUUCUUAUUAUUAAAUUUUAUUUUUUACUUUUAUUUUUUUUCCAGGAGACCUUGUAAUGUAUAGUUUGUAUAUAAUAAAACAAAUCCAU